GUUUGUUGAUCAGUCGGUUUUUGAUGAUGAUCGUCGUCAUUUGAUCGGGUCACAUAAUCGAGUGAUUUUGCUGCAAAAUGGUCAGGGCGUGGCUCCUAUCGGAAGAAAAGACUUUGGUGCCCAAGUUUAUCACCUUGGAGGAGCUGUACAAGACCAGCGGGGUGGAGUACUAUCAGAUCGACAUAACAAGGUACCAAGAUGACCCACUAUUAAAGAACCUCAUGGACCAACGAGACAACCAUCACGUGAACCCAAUAAAGGACCUGGACGAUCAGGACUUGCUCGCCCACAUAACCGAACAUUUCCACGAACACGACGAACCGCGACUCGUACUGGCGGGUUGCGGGUACUUCGACGUUCGCGACAAGUACGACGAGUGGAUCAGGAUCGAGUUGAUCCCCGGGGACCUCCUGGUCAUUCCCGGAGGAUGUUACCAUCGAUUUAUUGUCGAAAACAAGGACACGUUCCAGGGGGUGAGGUUCCUAAAGGAUUACGGAUACAGGGCGUUCCCGCGUCCCAGUGACGAAAUGAACUGCCGCAAGGACUACAUGAGGCGGUUGUACAACGGGGCCUACGACGACCCGAUUAAAUCCGAAUGAACCGUUUAUUUAUAGUAUAUUAUAUGCGAUAUUGUGUUUAAUUAAUAAAGAGUUAGUUGUAUUAUAGGUUAAAGUGAGGAGGA